GCGCCCGCCCCUCACCCAAAGCCCCCGCGCCGCCGGCUGAAGGGCGGGGCGCGCUGCUCUGCCUCCUGCCCGGGGGCCGCCGCCCCGCCCUCUGCGGGGCUGACCAGCCCCGGAGCCAGCCGCCAGGAGGAAGGAGCCGUCGCCGCUUGAGCGCGGAGCGGGGCGCGAUGUCUCACGGGGCCCGGGUGAUCCGGACGGGCUCCAGCAGCGGGGGCCCCGGCAGCUCCUCCUGCCCGCCGCCCCCGGGGCCGGAGCCCGGGCUGCUGGACGGCGGCUACGCCCGCUCCUGCUCGGCGAUACUGAAGGUCGCCCAGAUGAUAUCACUGCUGAUUGGAUUCAUCUGUGUAAAGAAUUCACCAUGGACAAAUUACAGUGCAUCCAUCUACUUUGAAAUUGUCACCAUGUGUGACUUGAUUAUGAUUCUUGUCUUUUAUUUUGUCUACCUUUUCAGAGCGUACAGAAUGCUCACCUGUAUUAGUUGGCCACUUGCGGAAUUUCUCCAUUAUUUAAUUGGUACGCUCCUGCUUCUCAUUGCCUCUAUUGUGGCAACGUCAAAAAGCUAUAGUUCAGCAGGACUCGUAGCUGGAGCGACGUUUGGUUUCUUAGCUACAUUCCUUUGCGCUUUGAGCAUAUGGUUAUCCUACAAGAUCUCAUGUAUUACUCAGUCAACGGAUGCAGCUGUAUGACUGUUUGGCCACUGCAAGAUGUCUGUGCCUUUCUAAAAGGGAUAUCAAAGAAGAGGGUCCACCAUGUGCCAUGAGGAGAGAGUUGACAUUCGUGUUAUUGGAUUAUAUCCAGUAGAUUUGAAGAUUUACUUGAACAUCUUAUGCAAGGAGAGAAACAACCAAUGUUGGAACCAAAGAAGUUGAUGUCAAAACAGUUUGAUGGAGAAAUCGUUUUUUCUGAGCUUUAGAGAAGUGCUCUUUCUGUCUCGUGAGCUGGUCUGUGGCUCCCAGUUACAUGCAAUGAGAAUAUUCAAACCUCCUUUGGAGAGUUGUUUAAUUAGGAUCUGUAUAAUUUUAAAGAUGGAAAGAUUAAUUCUGAUUUCCUCCAUGCAUUUGCAGAAGGGAAAUUCUGCAAAUUCACCUCUGCAAAUUAAUCUUGAAGGAUAAUUCCUUUAACAAACCAACUCUUGCACACCAGUCUUUGCCUGGGAAACCUGCCUUAAGUUCUCUUUUACUUUCUCUUUCGUUGUCAUUGAUAUUUUUACAUCUGUUUGGCCAGCAUCAGAAAAUACUUUUGCAGGAACUAUGUCUUGGACAACUCACUGUGAAUGCUCCCUUCUAACCGCAAAUGUAAACUGAAUUUUCUAGAUGCCAAAAUAAUUCUGUUCCUACAUUUUUUAAUAUACAGUCUUUUAUAACCCCCCAGAAAACUCUUUUCUCUGUACUGUACAAUAGGUAUGGAAGAACAUAUGCCUAGUGGUGCACUAGGUUUGUUGCUUUCCUCCUCAUAUAUAUGUAUUUGCAUAUUUCCAUUCUCCCUUCCACAGAAAUAACCCAUAGAGAGGGAAACUGAGUUUCCCAGAAAUUAUUCUCUCGGCGGGAGGGAGAAGGGGGGGAGGGAGAGUGUGCGUGAGUGCCUGCGUGCAUUUCCCCUAGAGUAGAACCAUCUGGCUCCUCCUACUUAACCUACAAUCUGUAUGGAUGCCCCUUAUCUCUGCUCUGUUAGAGCUGUUCUUUCAGGGACACUGUGUCUAGUGUGGUUGUUUCUGGAUUCCUCCUAAAGUGGGGUUUCAGAGCAGGAAGAGGGAAACAGUGCCAGUUAAUGCAACCUAAUUCUGCACUUACCUUUUUCUGUCCCCCUCUGCAGUUCUGGAGAGGAGCAAAUCCAGAGCUCCCCCGCCCUGCCCUUUUCCUAAUUUAUCUCCCCAGAGCCAGAAAUUCCCAGAGCCCUUUUCAAGAAAAGGGGAAGUGUGGCAGAGCUCUCCUCUUCCUGAGUUUGUAAAUGAAAUUGUGACUGACCUAAUUUUGAUAUUUGUAUUA